AUGCAGCACAUGCCUAUCCUCGUCAUCACGGACAUCAUGUGUCGUGUAGGACCGAUCGUCCACGGCAUCUGCCAGACGGCGGCGCCGAACAAAGGAGUACUACCCCGGGUUGGCGAGCCUGAUGAGCAUGGCAUGCGGAAGGUAGACAUCCCGGCACUUGCACCUCUGGGAAACUACUUUCUUGGCGCCGAUCAGGUUUCGGAGCCUGCACAGCAGGAAAAGUGCACCCAGAGCAAUGUGUACAAUCUCCUGCGUGAUGCGCAACCUUCUCCUCCGGUUCAACGGUUGGACUUCGGUCAGCUUCUCAGCGUUUCAGCAUGGCAGGAUAAAGAAGGGAACACCGCCGUGGCCUUCGUGCUGCUUGCUCGGGCCCGUUUGCGGAACCUGCGCCGCCAAAGCCACCACUCCAUAGACCUCUUUGAGGUAGUGGCUGUUCCGAACGUGCGCCUCACCAAGCUCGUGGCUUUCAUCAGCGAAGGACAAGACGAGGAUGUCCCGCCAGCAGUACUUGUCGAGGAAGAGCAGGUGGCCCCGGGCUCGGUGCUGCUGACGUUAUCGGCACAGAGCGUGUUCUCCACACGCGUUCUCGCGGUGGCGACUGGGUCCACAACCGGCAAGGCUCCGGAACUCCCUGCCUUCUCUCAGCAUCUUUGCGAACCUGUGGCUGGCCAGAAUGACGUUCGACCUGACGCGCUCGACGACCUGGUUUUGACCUAUGCCCAGGUAGAUCACUGCUGA